CCUCUUCUGCCCAACCUCUUCUGCCCAACCCUUCCCCAUGAACAGGGCCUCCGCCGAGGCCCUAGAAGGGCACGAGUUUUCCAAUCCAUCAGCGAGCCACAUCCCCGCACCACCGCAGGGCGCGUUGGGUUCGGACCAGGCUGGCAGCUCGGCUACGUCCUAUGAGGGCGAGUACAACCGGCUGCAGGAGGAGGCGCUGGCGGCGCUGGCAGCGGUGCAGCCUACGGUCGGGGAGGUCGCCCAAACGAUCGGCAUUUCGGGCGGGCGGGUGACCAACUACCAGGAGAGGUUUGGCAUCGAGAACAAGGAGGUGGCCGCCCUCGCGAAACGGAUGGGCAUGUUCAUGAGGGGAGAGCUCGACGUGAAGGAUGUCGGGCUGAUGGUCUGCUGCAUCGGCCCCACCGUGGACAACAAGCUGGAGGCGAACAUCAACAACCGCGCCGUGUACGGGCUCGGCGCGUGCGUCUGCUGUGUGGGAGGAGAGCGCACCCUCGAGGAGGAGAUUGCGGCGCGCAAGCUGGUGGCGGAGAAGACGCGAACGAAGCUCGCCGAGAAGGAGCAGCGCGCCGCGCAGCUAAGGGCCAAAAUUGCAGCGCGCGUGAAGCGCGAGCAAGAGGGCGCGAAGAAGCGCUCCUUCGUCCUCAGCAAAGGGGCGAUGUAGCUUUUAGGACUGACGCGCUUGCCAUCGCGCCGUCUCAUGGUGUGUGUGUGAUUCCCAAGCAGUAGCGGGGAACGCGCGGACUGGCCGUUGUAGUGUGCUGUAUAUGUCUCUGCGCGGGUCUCGCGCUUGCUUUAUUAGUCACACAGAGUCCCCGGCUCACGGUCGGCUGAUGAUGUUGUAUAUGUGAUGAUGAUUGAUGUAUGAGAUCAUGCAUCAUGGAUCACGCGAUGCCACACGGCGCCGCGCUUUUUGCGGCGCGGCGCGCGCGGCACCACACGCGAACCGCAACCGGGAAAACCGGCGAACCAUGCCACAAGCCGACAAGGCACAAGCAGCACCGCCAGAGCUGGCAAAGGAGAAACAUCUGCGGUGCCCGCGUGAGUGUCCAGAAGGGCGAAUAGCCUCGCACCCCACCGCGGCGCGCGGCGCGGCGGACGGGCAGCGCCUGGCCCGACACACACCCUCUCUGACAGGCGCGCCCACCGUCUACCACAGUCACACCGACCCACGACCAC